AUGGAGGACGACCGAGCGCAGACAAACCUGGGGCCGGCAGCUGAGGACGGUGUGCCUGAGGAGGUGCGCGCUGUACCCAAGCAGCCCAGGCGCCGGUUUGUAGGCAGGAAAUCGGCGGCAGAGGCGGGCAGCGCAGACCCAAAUGCCAACAUCGAGGACUCGUCGGCGAUACAAGUUGCCCAGCCUCGCCGCACUGCCCGCGCGCUGAACUCGAUCCCCGACUCCAUCCUCAACGACGCCGACAUCAACGCCGCCAUCGCACUCCUCCCGCCCAACUACAACUUCGAGAUCCACAAAUGCAUCCACCGCAUCCGCUCGUCGGGCGCCAGGUCGAUCGCCCUGCAGUUCCCCGAGGGCCUGCUGCUCUUCGCGACCACCAUCUCGGACAUCCUCACGCAGUUCUGCCCCGGCACCACCACGCUGAUCAUGGGCGACGUGACGUACGGCGCCUGCUGCAUUGACGACUUCACGGCGCGCGCCCUGGGCUGCGACCUGCUCAUCCACUACGCGCACAGCUGCCUGAUACCCGUGGCAGUCACCAAGAUCGCCACGCUCUACAUCUUCGUCGCGAUAGGCAUCGAUACGCAGCACCUCGUCAACACCAUAACCCAGAACUUCCCCACCGGCAAGACCAUCGCACUCGUCGGCACCAUCCAGUUCAACGCCACCAUUCACGGCAUCGUCUCCGUCCUGAAGCGCGAGGGCUUCACCGCCAUCGUCCCGCAGAUCGCGCCGCUCUCCAAGGGCGAAAUCCUCGGCUGCACCUCGCCCUCCAUGGCCAUCCAGCACGGCCAGCUCGACGCCAAAGGCCGCGAAGAGCCCGUCCCGGACCUCCUCCUCUACCUCGGCGACGGCCGCUUCCACCUCGAGAGCGCCAUGAUCGCCAACCCCUCCAUCCCCGCCUACCGCUACGACCCCUACUCCCGCCGCCUUACCCACGAAACCUACCAGCACACCUCGCUGUACUCGCUCCGCCGCACCGCCAUCCUCACCGCCCGCAAGGCCACCACCUGGGGCAUCAUCCUCGGUAGCCUCGGUCGCCAGGGCAACCCGCACACCCUGACUCUCAUCGAGAACGAGCUCAAGCGCCAGGGCCUCAAGUCCAUCAACCUGCUUCUCUCGGAAAUCUUCCCCGGAAAGCUCGCCAUGAUGGACGACGUCGAUGCCUGGGUGCAGAUUGCGUGUCCAAGGCUGAGCAUCGACUGGGGUUAUGCGUUUCCACGGCCGCUGCUGAGCCCGUACGAGGCACUCGUUGCCCUGGGCGUGCGGGAGGCGCCGUGGUUAGAUGAGGAGGUGGGAGAGAGCGAGGUUAGGAGGAAUCUGUAUCCCAUGGACUUUUAUGCGAGGGAGGGAUUAGCGAGGACAACCGAGGGGCAUGUGAGGGCUGCAAUGGAGGUGGAGAUCAAGGGGUAGGAAGAAUUAUCGAGGAAAAAGGCAUGCAUGGCUCGGCGUUGGGAAAAAAAAAUAUCAGGAACUUAGUGGCGUAUAUGGAAGAAUGUCUAAAGGAUAGAUGAAGAAUGCUACAGAACCGUACUCCACUUCUACGCGCGCCAUUGUUGCUCAGACUCUUUGGACGUCCAGAAAACUCCUAUGGCGUGUGGAAGGAGUGCUGGUUGUAGUAGAAACAGCGACUCGCGAGGCAGAAGCUCAAAUAAUCUGCCAAACGGUCCAAGGCCAUCCUUACCCCUUCUUCCUCGCAAAACGCCCUGAGCUUGCUGCGCGAACGGAUGAGC